CAGCCCUGGUGGAUCUCAGACCCCACUUUCAACCUUAAUAAUCCAUCGUGCUGGUGAAAGCAGGACAAGGCAGAUGUUAAUCAUCCAUAUAAUUGCAGCCAGUGGAGAUGAGCUGAUUGGGGGACAGCAGACGCCGAGUGCGCGCAGGGAGCUCGGGUUUACCGACUGCUUAGUGCGUAGACAAAUAUUCCGCCUCGUUCAUGCAGAAGAACCGAUUCACUCGAUUCACCUCAUAAGAUCCGGUUGUGUUUAAAAGGCUGAGGUGGCGGCUCGCUCCUCAUCACGCCUUGGUCCCGGGGCCGCGGUGUGUGUGUGCGCGCGUGUGUAUGUGGAGGUGUGAUCGUCAUGUAGGCUUGUUGUUAGAGAGACACCAGUGUCGUGGAAGCGGGAUGCGAAAAUGGCGCGGCGGCUGCUCGGGCGCGUGCUGCGGCUCGCGGUAAAACUCCGCGCCGCGGGCUACUGGACGCUGGUGUACGGCUGCUGCGGCCUGUGUGCGCUCGCGGCGCUGCUCCGCCUCUGCUGGAACGUGCUGAUGAGGCCGAGCGCGACCUUCCGGUGGACCGCUCGCGAGAGCCCGCCGCCCUGCCUCAACGACACGUCCUUGGGAACGCACUGCUACGUCAGGAUCAAGGAGUCCGGCCUCAGAUUUCACUACGUCGCUGCGGGCGAGCGGGGCAAACCUCUCAUGCUGUUUCUGCACGGAUUCCCUGAGUUCUGGUUCUCGUGGAGGCACCAGUUAAGGGAGUUUAAGAGCGAGUUCCGUGUGGUGGCUGUGGACAUGAGAGGCUACGGUGAAUCUGACCUGCCUUCCUCCACUGAGUGCUACCGGCUUGACUACCUUGUCACUGAUGUCAAGGACAUUGUGGAGUAUCUGGGAUACAACAGAUGUUUCCUGGUUGGCCACGACUGGGGCGGCAUCAUUGCAUGGCUCUUCGCUAUUCAUUAUCCUGAGAUGGUGGUGAAGCUGGUUGUACUGAACAGCCCUCAUCCGUGUGUGUUCGCUGAUUAUGCACUUCGUCACCCCAGUCAGAUGCUUAAGUCCAGCUACUUCUUUUUCUUCCAGCUCCCACACUUCCCAGAGUUUAUGCUUUCUAUCAACGACUUUAAGGCGGUGAAGAGUUUGUUUACGAGCCGGAGCACUGGGAUCGGGCUUAAGGGCCGAUGGCUGACUGCAGAAGAACUUGAGGCAUACCUCUAUGCCCUGUCGCAGCCCGGAGCCCUCAGAGCUGCUCUCAACUACUACAGAAAUGUUUUCAGUUUCCUCCCUCUCAGUCAGACCGAGGUGCGCUCGCCAGUGCUGCUUCUGUGGGGUGAGAGGGACGCCUUCCUCGAGCAGGACAUGGCUGAGGCAUGUCGCCUCUACAUCCGCAACCACUUUCGCCUAAACAUCAUCUCCGGCGCAAGUCACUGGCUCCAGCAGGACCAGCCCGACAUCGUCAACACACUAAUAUGGACGUUCCUGAAAGAGGGAGAAGGACGGAAAAACUACAGGAACUGAGGCUGUGAAGAAAGGGGCCUUGUUUCACCCGAUGCCUCGGGCCCUCACACGUUCUGAUUAAUGCAAGCAUCCUGUUUAAUAUUCAGCACAUCAUCGAUGUUAAUAAAACACAAAUUUGCAGUGUAGAGGUGAAUAAAAAGAAAAGCACAUUUUAAUAGGAGAGGGUAAAUAGAGAGUAGAGUGUCUGGUUGAUGUUUUUUCAAGUUUUUUGCACAUGACAUUCGCCUUAAACUUCGUCGGUGACAACAUUUGUGUGUGUGGCAAAAGUCUCUACUAGUGAGUGAGUUGUGUUGUGUGGUGCCUUUUUUUGACUUGAACUUGUUCCAUGUUGAGACAAUAAAAAUGUGCCGUGCGUGUGUGUUGAGUUUGAGCUGUGGAAUCGCUAAGCUGUAAUCCAGGCAAAUCUUUUGACACCCCUAGAAUCACUCAAGCUCUUUCAGGUAGUUGUCUAAAUGAAUAAAUAUUGUUCUUCUCCUAUUUUGUAAUUUUUAAUGGCACUUGGCUCAGAUAUUUGAGAAUGUGAUUCUUCUGUAUGAUAAAAUGAAAGUGAUGUUUAAAUAUUGUAAAUUUUGUAUCUCUCCUACACGCUGCAUAUAAGAACUUCACUAAACCAGCUCUGCACCAUUUUGGUUUUAUACGCGAAAUAAAUGAUAGUUAAAACACUGUG